ACCGAAGCUCUGAGACUUUGCGGAGGCUCCGCGCUCUCCCCCCUCCAGCCCUCUGCAGCCACCCUUUACGCCGCGGACACGGGAGAGUUAAGCCAAUAAACACGUAAGCGCCGCUCCCUCCCCAAUCGGCAAGAUGCCUCUUCGGCUCUUGGCUGCAUCGACAGCUUGCAACACUCGGCAUCUUUUCUGGAGGCGCCUUCUUCAGCGGCUGCAGAUGGCAUCCGGCUGCGGGCUUGGGGCUCGCAACUGAUUCUCCCCCUUGCCCACCUCGGGUCCACGGACACACCUCUCCCUGUCCCUCCUCCCCUCGCUCCUGGGUCUGAGCCCAGCUCCAGAUCGCCAGGCGGAAGAAGCAGUCGCGGCGGCCGAGACUGAGCAGCAGCGCGCUCGCUCCCCGAAUUCGGGAGAAGAGCCCAUCCGGGAGAGCCGACUCCCAGCUGCCUCCGGCGCCCCCCACCUUUUGCACCCCAAGCCGGGGGCUCCAAGGACCCCCUUCCCCAAACGCCACCAUGCUGGACCCUUCGUCCAGCGAAGAGGAAUCGGAUGAGAUCGUGGAGGAGGAGAGUGGCAAGGAGGUGCUUGGCUCGGCCGCGUCCGGCGCGCGCCUGUCUCCCAGCCGCACCAGCGAAGGCUCGGGCGGCGGCGCCGGGCUCGGAGGCGGCGGCGGUGCUGGCGCCGGGGCCGGAGUGGGAGCCGGUGGUGGCGGGGCCAGCGGCGCGAGCGGCGGCGGCGGGGCCGGUGGUCUGCAGCCCAGCAGCCGCGCCGGUGGCGGCCGGCCCUCCAGCCCCAGCCCGUCGGUGGUGAGCGAAAAGGAGAAAGAAGAGUUGGAGCGGCUGCAGAAGGAGGAGGAGGAGAGGAAGAAGAGGCUGCAGCUCUAUGUGUUCGUGAUGCGCUGCAUCGCCUACCCCUUCAACGCCAAGCAGCCCACCGACAUGGCUCGCCGGCAGCAGAAGAUCAGCAAACAGCAGCUGCAGACAGUCAAGGACCGGUUUCAGGCUUUUCUCAAUGGGGAAACCCAGAUCGUGGCUGACGAAGCCUUCAUGAACGCCGUCCAGAGUUACUAUGAGGUAUUCCUGAAGAGUGACCGUGUGGCCCGCAUGGUGCAGAGUGGGGGCUGCUCUGCCAACGACUCUCGGGAGGUCUUCAAGAAGCACAUCGAGAAGAGGGUGCGCAGCCUGCCCGAGAUUGAUGGCCUCAGCAAGGAGACUGUGCUGAGCUCCUGGAUGGCCAAGUUUGAUGCCAUCUACCGUGGGGAAGAGGACCCCAGGAAGCAGCAGGCCCGGAUGACGGCCAGCGCAGCCUCUGAGCUCAUUCUGAGCAAAGAGCAGCUCUACGAGAUGUUCCAGAACAUUCUUGGGAUCAAGAAGUUUGAACACCAGCUCCUGUACAAUGCCUGCCAGCUGGACAAUCCAGAUGAGCAAGCAGCCCAGAUCAGACGAGAGCUGGAUGGACGUCUCCAAAUGGCAGACCAAAUAGCCAGGGAACGUAAAUUUCCCAAGUUUGUAUCCAAAGAAAUGGAAAACAUGUACAUUGAGGAGCUGAAGUCGUCCGUCAACCUGCUCAUGGCCAACUUGGAGAGCAUGCCGGUGUCCAAAGGUGGCGAGUUCAAGCUGCAGAAACUCAAACGCAGCCACAACGCUUCCAUCAUCGACAUGGGCGAGGAGAGCGAGAACCAGCUCUCCAAGUCAGAUGUCGUGCUGUCUUUCUCCUUGGAGGUGGUGAUCAUGGAAGUCCAAGGCCUCAAAUCCUUGGCUCCAAAUCGCAUUGUGUAUUGCACAAUGGAGGUUGAAGGAGGAGAGAAACUGCAGACUGACCAGGCUGAGGCCUCUAAACCAACCUGGGGCACCCAGGGUGACUUCUCGACAACCCAUGCGCUGCCUGCUGUGAAGGUGAAGCUGUUCACAGAGAGCACAGGUGUCCUGGCCUUGGAGGACAAGGAGCUCGGACGGGUUAUUCUCCAUCCCACCCCAAACAGCCCCAAACAGUCAGAGUGGCACAAAAUGACAGUCUCCAAAAACUGCCCCGAUCAAGACCUCAAAAUCAAACUUGCUGUCCGAAUGGAUAAGCCUCAAAACAUGAAGCAUUCUGGGUACUUAUGGGCCAUCGGUAAGAAUGUCUGGAAGAGAUGGAAGAAAAGAUUUUUUGUAUUGGUGCAGGUCAGUCAGUACACGUUUGCCAUGUGCAGUUAUCGGGAGAAAAAAGCGGAGCCUCAGGAACUUCUACAACUGGAUGGCUACACUGUGGAUUACACCGACCCCCAGCCAGGUUUGGAGGGUGGCCGAGCCUUCUUCAAUGCAGUCAAAGAAGGAGACACCGUGAUAUUUGCAAGUGAUGACGAGCAAGAUCGCAUCUUGUGGGUCCAAGCCAUGUAUCGGGCCACUGGGCAGUCACACAAGCCGGUGCCCCCAACCCAAGUCCAGAAACUCAACGCCAAGGGAGGGAAUGUGCCUCAGCUGGAUGCCCCCAUCUCCCAAUUUUACGCAGAUAGAGCUCAAAAACAUGGCAUGGAUGAAUUUAUCUCUUCCAACCCCUGUAACUUUGACCACGCUUCCCUCUUUGAGAUGGUGCAACGCCUUACUUUGGAUCACAGACUUAAUGAUUCCUAUUCUUGCCUGGGCUGGUUCAGUCCUGGCCAGGUGUUUGUACUAGACGAGUAUUGCGCCCGAAAUGGAGUCCGAGGGUGUCACCGACAUCUCUGCUACCUCAGAGACUUGCUUGAACGGGCAGAAAACGGUGCCAUGAUCGACCCCACCCUCCUUCACUACAGCUUUGCCUUCUGUGCAUCCCACGUCCACGGGAACAGUCAACAAAUGCAUGUGUACCUUAGUGGGCUGACACCAAAUACAGACCCUGAAGGGAGCAAAACUCCCUCCCCAUCUGAACCAGAGGCUAAAAAAGAUACCAAAAAGGAAUCCAAAAAAAGAAAAGAUUUCAAAACCCAGGCAAAUCCAGAGCCCAAAAGGCCCGAUGGAAUUGGAACUGUGACUGUUGAAGAAAAGGAACGUUUUGAAGAAAUCAAAGAGAGACUCAGAGUUCUGUUGGAAAAUCAGAUUACACAUUUUAGGUAUUGCUUUCCAUUUGGUCGACCUGAAGGUGCUUUGAAAGCUACUCUCUCACUCUUGGAAAGGGUUUUGAUGAAAGAUAUUGUUACCCCAGUGCCACAAGAGGAGGUAAAAACAGUCAUCCGUAAAUGUCUAGAGCAGGCUGCUUUAGUCAACUAUUCUCGGCUGUCAGAGUAUGCCAAAAUCGAAGAAAAUGUAGGCCGGUUAAUCACUCCUGCCAAAAAGCUCGAAGACACAAUACGUCUUGCUGAACUAGUCAUUGAAGUUCUUCAACAAAAUGAGGAGCACCAUGCAGAGGCCUUUGCGUGGUGGUCAGACUUGGUGGUGGAGCAUGCCGAGACGUUCCUGUCACUCUUUGCAGUGGACAUGGAUGCAGCAUUAGAGGUGCAGCCCCCAGACACAUGGGACAGUUUUCCACUGUUUCAGCUGCUGAAUGAUUUUCUCCGUACCGACUAUAAUUUGUGCAAUGGAAAAUUUCACAGACACCUGCAAGACCUGUUUGCCCCACUUGUGGUUAGAUAUGUGGAUUUGAUGGAGUCCUCAAUUGCACAAUCCAUUCACAGGGGCUUUGAGCGGGAGUCAUGGGAACCAGUCAAUAAUGGAUCAGGCACUUCAGAAGAUCUGUUCUGGAAACUCGAUGCCCUUCAGACUUUCAUUCGAGACUUGCACUGGCCUGAAGAAGAGUUUGGAAAGCACCUGGAACAACGGCUGAAGCUGAUGGCAAGUGACAUGAUUGAAUCUUGUGUCAAAAGAACCAGGAUUGCAUUUGAAGUUAAGCUGCAAAAAACCAGUCGAUCAACAGAUUUUCGAGUCCCACAGUCAAUAUGCACCAUGUUUAAUGUUAUGGUUGAUGCCAAAGCUCAAUCAACAAAACUUUGCAGCAUGGAAAUGGGCCAAGAGCAUCAAUACCAUUCAAAAAUAGAUGAACUAAUUGAAGAAACUGUUAAAGAAAUGAUAACACUCUUGGUUGCAAAGUUCGUUACUAUCUUGGAAGGAGUCCUGGCAAAAUUAUCCAGAUAUGACGAAGGGACUUUGUUCUCUUCUUUUUUGUCAUUUACCGUGAAGGCAGCUUCCAAAUAUGUGGAUGUACCCAAACCCGGGAUGGACGUGGCCGACGCCUAUGUGACUUUCGUCCGCCACUCUCAGGAUGUCCUUCGUGAUAAGGUCAAUGAGGAGAUGUAUAUAGAAAGGUUAUUUGAUCAAUGGUACAACAGCUCCAUGAAUGUGAUCUGCACCUGGUUGACGGACCGGAUGGACUUACAGCUUCACAUUUAUCAGUUGAAAACACUAAUUAGGAUGGUAAAGAAAACCUAUAGAGAUUUCCGAUUGCAAGGGGUCCUGGACUCGACCUUAAACAGCAAGACCUAUGAAACCAUCCGGAACCGUCUUACUGUGGAGGAAGCCACAGCAUCAGUGAGCGAGGGUGGGGGCCUGCAGGGGAUCAGCAUGAAGGACAGUGAUGAGGAAGACGAAGAAGACGAUUAGAAUGCUCCAGCCUAGAGUCCACUAGGAUGGAGUCCUGUAAUCAAUGCAUGUCCUUAGUCUGUUAGUUAACCCCAUUAGGGAAUUUUCUGUCAACUACCAUGCCCAUGAGAUGUUUACCAAUACAAUUUCCAUUUUAGCUAUGUGGUACCAAGAUUAGCAAAUGACCUUCGAAUCCACAAUUUCCUGAUUCCAUGUCUAUAGGUUUACAAGCAAUAUGGAGCACCAUUCUUUAAACACCAUUCGUGGAGAAUACAUAGUCCAACUGCUAGGCGUGUCCCUGUUAUCAGCAAAGUUAAAUGAUGCUUCAUUAUUGUACUGUGUAUGCAUUGACGGUACAUGGAUGUGAGGGCAAGUACACCAAGUACUUUCACUCCUUUGUUUCACGUAUGUGGAUGCCAGUUAUUUAAAUGAGUACAAUAAAUUAAUUAAGACUCAUAGAUCUGCUUUGUUUUUUGAAAAACAAAAGGCAAGUCUCCAACAACCAACUUUUGGUUCUUUCUGUUCCCUUAAAACUAAAAACUGAGCCCCUGGUGCCCUUGUUAACCCCUCCUUUCAUUUAUCCAUAUAGUUAGCCAAAAAAAGGAUGGCUACAUACCAAUGGAUUGAUCCUCUUAAUUGCCAUGGCAAGGGCAAUCUUAUCAUGAUUUAACAUCAAGCACAGUUCAGAGCAACUGUCUUCUGUCAAAGUUUAUCCUAUUAAAUGUUACAUUUUGCUUUUAUGUUUCAAUAACUGUGUAUGUAAAAAAACUGAAUAUUUAAAUUACAACCCUAGACUAUAAAUGUGUUUAUAAUAAGAUAUGGAUACUUCCUUCAGUAGAUUGUAACCAUAAUUUAAAUUAUUUUGUUCCACACUGUUUUUUAUAUCUGUCAUGUACAUUGCAUUUUGAUCUGUAACUGCACGACCCUGGGGUCCUCUGCAGAGCUAUUUCUUUCUGUGUAAAGUAGUGGAUCCAUCUUGCUUUUGCCUUAUAUAAAGCCUACAGUUAUGAAAGUGUGGAAAACUGUGGCUUCUCAAUAAAUAAUUAUUCAAAUGUCCUAAGAAUACACUUUCGAUCUUUUUUCCUCUGUCUCCUUUGAGAACCAGAACUGAAACGCACGAAGCAGGAAGGG